UUUCUGAGCCAACAACGGAUCGGCUUGGCCCAUUCCUCAGAUGAGGAAGAAAGAGUACACUGCAAUCAAGUCCGUAUGAUUCUAUUGUCUGCAUGAGCUUGGAUUUAGAUUGCAUACCUUCUAGUUCUAUAUACAGCAAAUUCAAAUCAGCUAUGAGCAAGAACAAUAGAGUGGAAGAUGGUUACUAGAUGUUGGACAUAUCACUUAAUUAUUUGUAAAUAUUUUAGUUUGUAAAUACCAGCUCUCAUACAUUUUUCAUUUUCCCGCCUAAGAUUAGUUAGAUCUGGAUGGUUUGUUACAGUAGCUUCCAUCUCUAUAUAUUUCACAUUACUCAUUUUGUAACAAGACCAUUCUCUUCAGUACCUCAAUGAUAGAUGAUAAUUUCUCAAAUCUCUCUCUCUCUCGAUUCUCUGCUAGCUUGUUACUGUAUCCGCAAAAUAUGACAUGGUUUCAGAGUCUCUGAAUUCGCAUAUCUCGAUUUGCAUAGUGCACAUCAGUGCCGGUUCAAGCAGACUCCAUUGUCGUCUUCUUCGCUUGCUGCAACAUCAAUUCGAUCUGUACGAUCUCCAUUGCCGUUUUCUUCUCGAUUGCUGCAACAACAAUUAGGUUUUUCGUCUCAAUUUAACAAUCAAUUACGUUCUAUCACACUCACACAUAUCAUUGAUUCUGCUUGUGAUUGUGUCAAAUUCUGUGACAUCAUGACUACAUCUAGCUCUACAUCUGUUCCUGAAACUAGAACAAUCAUAGAUCAGAGUAAUCCUCUAUAUCUUCAUUCAUCGGAUAGUCCAUGUAUGAAGCUUGUUAGUGAUCCGUUUGAUGGAACUGGUUUCAGUUACUGGAAACGCUCUAUGACUAUAGCCUUAUCAGCUCGCAAUAAAUUAGGUUUUGUAGAUGGAACUUUAUCCAAACCAGAUGCUGCUUCUUCUACUUUCGAGAGUUGGUCUCGUUGCGAUGCUAUGGUUAUGUGUUGGUUACUUGGUUCUCUCUCAGAAACUAUUGGUGGUAGUGUCAUGUACUCUAACUCUGCACAUGAAAUAUGGAAAGAAUUGGAAGAACGAUAUGGCUCUCCUCGUGGUAUUCAAUUGUUUGGUUUAUACAAGGAAUUGCGUGAAUUGUCGCAAGGGAACAAUAGCAUUCUUGAUUAUUUCACUAAGAUGAAAAUGCUCUGGGAUGAGAUAGACUUUUUGUCUCCUUUGCCUGUUUGUACUUGUGGAGGAUGUACAUGUGGAGCUUCAACGAAAUUGUUCAAGUAUCAGCAGGACCAGAGGGUAAUGCAAUUUUUAAUAGGACUGAAUGACUCGUACACUUCUACGAGAGGAUCUAUUCUGAUGAGAACACCUCUUCCUAGUAUCAUUCAAGUUUACCGCAUUCUACUUCAAGAAGAAUCACUUAGAGAAAUUCACUCAAGACUGUCUGGUUUCCAUCAAUCUAAGAGGCCUGUCUUUGAUACUAAGAAAUCAGCAUUAACUUGCAACUAUUGUAAAAAGACAGGGCAUACUGUUGACAAAUGCUACAAAUUGAUUGGAUUUCCAGCUGAUUUUAAAUUUACAAGAUCCAAACGUUUUGCUCAGGCGGCUGAAGCUGAAAUUUCCUCAUCUUUCUGCUGCUAAUUUUGCUGAGCUCUUCUCUGAGGAAGCCACUGGUGCUUGGUAAUACUCAGAGGGGCCUGUAUACUUUCACUCAUCCUACUCUUGCAUCUAUUGCUUCUCCUGCUGUUCCUGUUCCACCUCAAUGCUUCCUGCUGCUCAUGUCUCUGCCUGCAAUUGCACUGCUUUGUUAUGGCAUCAUAGAUUAGGACAUUUGUCAAUGUCAAAACUCAAAACACUUUCUCUUUGUAAUGUUGAUUUUGGUACUGAUUUUCCUGUUUGUGAUGUUUGUGCAAAAUCUAGACAACACAGACUUCCUUUUCCCCAGUCAAAUUCAUUCAACUGCUUGUUUUCAAUUAAAUCAUGUUGAUA